GAUCCUCUCAAAGCUCCAUCUCCUCCACAAACACUCACCUGAGAGGAGCCCCUCCUCCUCCCCCCUCGCCGGACACAUUAAAUGGGUUAACUCUGUCACCUGGGGGGGCAGCAGCUGGGAUAAACGCGCCGGGACCGGCGGAGAGAGCCCCUCCUCCAGUCGGACCGCAGCCUGAUCGUCUCCUUCUCUCCUCCUGCGCGCUUGAUCCAGCACAGAUGACUGAACUUACAUUUUUUAUCUCGUUUAUUUAUUUCCUUGUCUGAGAGGAACGACCACCGGCAGCAGCAGCAUCUCAGACCCAGACCCGUGGGCGGCUGCGUCUGGGAGAGCUGACAGGACGGAAACUGCUCCAAAUACUGAAGCCAUGGCGCUCAGUGGGGAACAGAACUGACUGUCAGGUGAUUUCUGUGGCUCUGGACUUCUGCUGCAACGGAUUUUAACCAGUUGAUUUUUUUUUUUUUUUAAAUAACUACCUGAACAGUGCGGUGUGAAUGACGCCCUGGUGGAUCCCCGCACACGGACUGCAUGAGUCCAGCUCUGGGUGCUGGACGGACUCCUGAAGAGGACUGGACGCACCUCGGCUUACCCGCGCGCCCUCAGCCUCUCUGCCGCCGGCUUUUUAACGGGAGUUGGGGGAGGUGGUGGUGGGCUUUGACACCGAGGUGGGGGGGCGGGGAGCAGCUUCGCGGCCAGGGAGAAGAUGCCAUUCCACCAUGUGCGGGCAGGCCUGCUCUAUCCGGACAACUACCUGAGCAGCUCCCUGACCGAGGGCAGCGAAGCCUUCCAGCUCACCAGCCUCUCCACUGAGGAGCUGGGAGAGAUCCGUGAGGCGUUCCGCGUUUUGGAUCGAGAUGGGAACGGUUUCAUCUCCAAACAGGAGCUGGGGAUGGCCAUGCGCUCGCUGGGUUACAUGCCCAGUGAGGUGGAGCUGGCCAUCAUCAUGCAGAGACUGGACAUGGAUGGGGACGGCCAGGUGGACUUUGAGGAGUUCAUGACGAUACUGGGGCCUAAGCUGCUGUCGUCCGACAACAGAGAAGGAUUUCUGGGCAACACCAUUGACAACAUCUUCUGGCAGUUUGACAUGCAGCAGCUGUCUCUGGAUGAGCUCAAGCAGGUGCUGUUCCACGCCUUCAGGGACCACCUGACAAUGAAGGACAUCGAGAACAUCAUCAUCACCGAGGAGGAGAGCCUCAACGAAACCUCAGGGAACUGCCCUGAGUAUGAAGGAGUCCAUCCCAAGAAGAAGAACCGGCAGACGUGCGUCAGGAAAAGCCUGAUCUGCGCCUUCGCCAUGGCUUUCAUCAUCAGUGUCAUGCUCAUCGCGGCCAAUCAGAUGCUGCGAAACGGCAUGGAGUGAAAAGAAAAAAAACAAAAACAGUUGCACUGUGAGCAUGGGAGGUGGACCAAAAACAGCCAUGACCUCACGUAUUUGUCUUCGCAGCCAAAGCUGGACCAACUUCGUUUAAAGAAAAAAAAAGUUGAGUUUAUUUAUUUAUUGGUUUUGUUUAUUUGCUUUCUUUGUGAAGUGGAUGAAAUGUUCAGCAAUGGAAACGUCACUUGGACUCACAAGAAACCUGAACUGCGAAACAGAAAUGUGGGUUUUAUAAAAUGACACUGAACAGAAAUUGCUUUGCUGUUUUUUUGACCAAAAACCACCCUUUAAACUUGAUUUUCUUAUUCUGGGUGUUUUUCAGGUGCUUUGAGCUAUUCCUAGUUUUUAAAAAAAGAGCAACACAAUGAUUGCUGACGACGGCGUCUUUUCCCUCCAAAAGGUGGACUGAGUGGAUGUGAGCACUAAAGGUCACAGCAGAUUCUUCACAUUUCAUGUAGCUGUGUGUCAGUGUCACAUUCUUUGUGGAGCAUUUAUACAUCCUCAGCUCAGUCUGCUCUGUGUACAACAUAUGAGAAAAUCUUUACAUGUAUCUGGAGGAAGCACAACUUGAAACUCAGUGAGGGACCACUUAAGAGCCAUUGCUCUGCUGCCGCUCUUCAGUAUUGACGGAUUAGCCAUGCUGCACUUGUGUGGUGCGUAAAAGACAGUAUUGUGCGCAUAUAUGAGUCGCUCAUGCUGCCUGAGAGGUGUAAAAUAUCAGGAAGUGAAGAAGAAAAAACAAAGAAAACGAGUUUYAUCUCAGCAUCACAAAAGAACACGUUGGUAAAAAUAAAAGCAUGCCAGUUUUGUAUAUACACUGCCAUUACCUCCCCAUGGAUUUCCCUGUAUAUAUAGUGCUACUUAGCUUGUGUAAUGUAUUACUCCUCUCAAAAAGCAGAAUGUAUAAAAGGACAAAUAUAGUGAGUUUUGCCAGAGACAGGAGAGCUGAAAUGUUCUUGGGGAAAGGUUUCCCUCUAGUGGUGAAAAUGAAAAACUGCAGCUAGAAUCCUUCGUAAAACUGAGCUCUCAUCUGUUCUGUGUCACUGCUGCAAGUUUAGUUUGUUCUGCCUCUGUGAAGAAUUCAUCUUUCUCCACAACGCACACUUUGCAGCUCAGUCCUGGAUAAUAAAAAUAUGCCUGCUGUUCUGCAACACCUGAGGGUUUGUUUUAUGGUUGGAAUCGAAAAGAAAGUGAAUUUUGGUCAAAUCCAUCAAAGUUACUUAUGACAAAACCCUUUGUUCUUUUAAAAUGUGGCCUUUUAAGCAGAAUCAUUUCUGAUUGUGACAUGUUUAUUUAAUGUCUAAGAAUUAAUUGAAUAUUCAAGCAAAUUUCCAAGUUUUUAGACUCCCAUAAGUGCAUGGAGCAAUAUUUAAAUUAAAUUUGCAGAUGUGGUGCUGCAUCUGUUCAUUGCUCCCGACUUUACAUCAGAACAUCAGUUUAUCCGAAUUUAUUUGCACAAUGCUCCCUUGACAUAAUAUUGGACUGUAAACUACAGGAGUAGUUCAGCUCACCUGAACUGAGGAAGGCUAUAAACAGCUAUCAUCUUACCUGCUGCAGAUAGCUUUUAAACACUCUCACUUUGGAGAAAUUGUUUAAUUCUGACAGACUUGUUGAGCAAACAGUUAAUCUAGGUGGUACUAAAAUCAAAGCGGAUCAUCUUUAUCUUAAAUUAACUCCAAUCUGAAAAAAAUGUAUAAUUUAUGUGAGAACUAUUUUAUAAUUAUAUACACUUUUGUCAAUUUCACAUUAUAAGAUAUUCUGAUAGAAAUAAAAAUGUCCCAGGUGUAA